AAUCUAUAAAGUUAAUCAGAUUAUUUUUCAGAUGUCAAUAUUGGAAACCAAUCUUAUUCAAAUAGAAUAAGUCUGAGUGAUAAGAUAAUUCCAAAACAAAUUACAUGACAUGUACAUUUUGUUUACGGAAAUUAAGCAGGCAUAGUCAAGUAAAUUUUGGCAUUACAUCGUUUCUUUUGAAUGAGAAACAUGAGCAGUACAGGGGGAGACACACAAGAAGGAAGACUAACAAUCCCCUGCUUCUUCUGAGCCAAAAACUAGAGUUUAUACAACCCCUACCCCUCGACCCCCUUCACCGUGCUGGUGCCCCUGAGCCAAGUUCUCCUGAAGAGCCCCUGAUCUCCUCUGGACUAGAAAGUUUAACUGAGGAACCUGAAUCACGAACUCAGACUGAGAAUGAUGUUGGAACAGAUAGACUGGGCUCUUUAAACUCAUUCGACUCCACCUCACUUCCUUGGACUCACUCUCAAAGCUCCUUGUCCCGGCAGGGCAGCUUGUUGUACACCUCCUCCUACACCUCCUGGACUAGACCAGAAGCAGGACACAGGAUAUCUGAUUGUUGUGUUCCUAACAGUUCNAUUCUUGACAAGGAUCCUAGUAUUAGUAUUAAACCUCUAAACAGGAGCCGGUCUAUUCGGAAGAAAUCGUCCGGCCGACUGAUGAAGCGGGAUGGUUCUGCCGACACCAGUCGAGAUAUCGACGAUAUCGAGGAUUUUGAGUUCGACGGAGGAGUUGACGAACUUGUACACGAUGACGAGGAUCUCCCUGAGGAUGAUCUGGACCGUGAGACCAUGAAGAGAUCGAGUCUCCUCCUGCUGGAAUCCCCUGACCUCGCCUACGUCAGCAUGAAUCCAUCGGCCGACGAAUUUUCUAAAUGACGAAAAGCAAAGACGACGGAAAAAAGCUUGUUUCCGUUUUCAGAAAUUUUGUAAACAACAGAAAAUUACAAUUAAUGACAUGAAAACAUGAAAAAGUGAGUGAAAAAAAAAAACACUUUAUGUGAAUAAAAAUUUCAACUUAUUUAUUUAUAUGAUAUUUAAUCGUAUAUUCAUGCAUAUUUAUCUCUAUUCUCUACAGUAUGAUAUAGCAAUCGAUCUUUAAUUGAAUUUUAAAAUAUGUACUACUUUAAACCUUCUUAACAAUAUAUACAUUUUUUAAA